UGCUACCACUCUUUUGUGUUUCAUCUGCCACCAGAACAACAACGCACUGAGAAUCUCUGCCGAGUGUCUCUUCUGGAAAUUAAAGAGAAACAAACGAGAUCAGUUCACUUGUGCCCAAGUAUUGCCCAAUUCCGUCGAGAUUUCUUCAACCCUUUCCCCCUUAUCGCAAGCUCAAUCAAUUGGAAACAGUGUGAUUCGGUUUCGCAUUGAUUGGAAUUUAGCUCACUUUUGGAUAAACAGCAAAUGAUUUAAACUCAAUCAGAUUGGACAAAUAUUCUGAGCUGGAAGUUUAGAAUAAUUUUAUCAUCAAAAGGAUGAGCCAUCAACCAGAAGCUGAAUCCAAACCAAAACCCAACAACAACCCCUGAAAGAAGCACAUUACAUACGUAUUAGACAGAGUGUAUCUGGAAUUGGAAGAUUUAUGGGUGAACUGAGACUCGAGUGAACUAUGUGAAUAUCUUUGCGAUUAUUUUUUGAUUGUAUCAGCCAGAAAUACAAAGGUUAUUAAAACGAAAAACUAUUACAAAGUUCUUAAAGAGUCCACAGACUACAUGCAAUAAUUAAUUUGCAAUACAUCAAACAUUGGACAAAGGCGGAGGAUAUAUUUAAACAUAUCCAGUUAAUCUGGUAUCAAAACACAGCACAAUAAAUUAUUCCGGUCUUGCAGUUAGCUAAAGUUCGUUACAACUGAAACAAGAAUCGCGUGUUUUACAGGUGUUUGUAAGAUAACCAGGUUGUCCAACUAAUAGACAGCGACACCAAAGAAUUCCUUGUGACCAAUCGAAUAGCAAGCUAAUGAAUUUACAUAUGUAUGUAUAACGUCAGACUCCUGUAACUCAAAUCGCAGAUUACUAGUACACCAUACAUACCUUUGUAUACAGACUACCAACAAUACAUAACCAGCUAUAUGCUUAUCUCGCUCGUGCGUGCGUGUCGUGUCUCAAUUUUCUCCGUAUCCGACUGGACUCUGAACAUCAGAGUCUGAUGUGGUUUUAAUUAUCCAACGCCGUACAUUAAUACCACAAGAUCAUAGAACAAAACAUCGCGUCCGAAAGGAAGGUAGUCCUCGUCAACUUGACUUUUACAGACAAUUGGCAAAUUGGGAUCAUUAUUGAGCGCUUGAAAGGCUGGAUUUGGCAAUGAAGGGAAUUUGGAGAGAAGUGGAUGACGACCGUGAUGAUGAAAGAUAGUAACAACGAUAACUUGGACUGUUAAGAAUUUAAGCCAACUUUCAACUACCUCCUCCUCCUUCACCCAACGACAAACUCCUCAGCCAGACGAGAGCAUACAGCAAAUCACCAUCACCCAGUGCGGCUGAACUUGCUUCCUUGCCCCUAAAGAAAAGCCGUCUCCGAUUCCAGAAGAACCUUUGGAAUUUUCUACCCGACCUAAAAAUGAAAAUAUUUGGGAUUGUCAACAUGACGAGCAAAAUGUUUCAUGGGCUGAUGAUUCUAUUUAUUCUAAUGACUCCAGGAUCAACCCACAGUGAACCCGAGUUUGAUGUGGAAUUACCAAAGCUCACAGUAAAAUUAGGAUCCGAUGCCAGCUUUACUUGCAUUGUCAAGCAUCUUGGAGGGUACAAGGUGGCCUGGAUAAGAGCGGAGGACAAGGCAAUAAUAGCUUUGCACAAUCACAUGGUAACAAACAACCAUCGCUUUAGCGUCACUCACAACGGGCAUAGCUCUUUCACCCUAAACAUCCGGCAUGUUCAGACCAAUGACACUGGGGAAUACUUGUGUCAGAUAAAUACCGACCCGCAACGUAGUCAGUCUGGGACCCUGGAAGUCGUCGUGCCCGCAGACAUCAUUGACGAAGAAACAUCAAAUGACGUCGUUGUAUUGGAAGGACAAUCUGCAAUUCUGAAGUGUAAAGCACGAGGCAUUCCAGUUCCCAAAGUGCGGUGGAUUCGGCAGGACAGAAGACCUCUUCCGCUGAGCAAAGAUCUUUUGGCCAAUCCCACAGAGAAAGUUGGUUCGUCAUCGUCAUCCUUCUGCAACGGUAUCGAUAUAGGUUUAUGCGUGGAAACCGAAACCUGGCAAACACGACCACUUCAAAGGAGCGACACUGGGGCGGUGCUAUGCAUUGCUAAUAACAGCAUCCCACCUCUUCGUUCGAAAAAGAUCACGCUGUCAGUGCACUUUCAUCCAUUAAUCAAAGUGUCGAACCAACUUGUAGCUGCUCCUGCUGGAGUUAAUAUGACAUUAGAAUGCUAUGUGGAAUCAGUGCCUCGUCCGGUCUGCAGUUGGUACCGACGCGAUGGUCAUUCCACACAUCAGUUGAUAUUGAACCAAGUUGGGAAACUUUGGCAGGAGACAGAACAGUUGAAAGAAUACUCGCUCAAAAUGAAACUCACGAUUACCAAUCUUCAAUCCUCGGAUUUUGGAGAAUACAAUUGUUCAGUUGAAAAUUCUCUUGGAGGGGACUCGGCCGUAAUUAAACUGCACGAGCUACCUCCAGUAACAACACGAACGACAACCACCCCACAACCAGAUUGGAGAAAACAUGGAAAACAUGGGAAUGAUGGAAAUACGAUAAAACACUCCAAAGAUAAGCGGAAACAGGGUCGGAACAGGUCGGAGCACUAUCACCGGGAUUAUGAUUUUCAGGAAGGGGACGCUGAGCAACUGACCACGUCAACAUCCCUCGCCUCGCUCAACGCCAUCACUGCUGUCGGCGUGGGUGGUGCUGGGGGUGGUACUGGGCUCAGCAAAAGGAAUCAGAAGGAGGGGUCCAUCAGCAACACGAGACUGCACAAUUCGCCAGACUUUCCUGGGGCGGCCACCUCCUCCUCGACCGCUCUCAUCACCACCAACAACGCCGAGGAUAAGCUUCACACAUUGUUUAGAAAUGUUUGGAGGUUCGCGAACCUCUCGAAAUGUUGUCUUCCGCUUUCUCUCAUUCCAAACCUCUCGUCGGCUUCCUUCACCCUGACUGCGUACUUAAUGUGGAAGUAUAGCAUCUUGAUGUUGUGGUAAAAUUUGUAUAAAUUUCUGAAGGAGGUCAAAGAGUGCAGAAUUUAGAUGAAAACAUUUUCUGCUUUGUUUUGAGAUUUGAGUUUGAAUGAACAGUAUACAUGACAUUUUAGAGUAAAUUUUAUUGUUCCAAAGCAGUUUUCAGCAAUUGCUAUCUUGUUCAGGAACUUAUUUUCUUAUGUUUUUUCUCCAAUAUGUGAAAUGCUACUCUAAUUCUAAGUAUGUGAAAUAGUGUAAGCAUAUCGUUGUAUGAAUUUGGCGUGUGGUUUGUGCAAACAAAUUUUUAAUUGCUGACCUAUUUAGAUGCAAAUGAUAUUGGUGCUCAGACGAUCAAUCAGAGGGUGAAAGUGAAUAUAAUUAAUUAAAAACCAACCAUAUCUAAUACAUGGGUUUUAUUUGUACGUGUGAAGAUUACGUUUGAAUUUUUCAGACGUAAAGUUACUGUUAAAUAUAGCUGUUUGCAGAAGGUAAACUUGCAAACUAAGUUUCAGUACAUUAAAUAUAUAUUUACAUUGAAUAAAGUCGCGAUAAUACUGAACGAAGGCUCAUAUUUGUAUCUGUUGUUUUUAUGUAUAUGUCAAACUGUUGUUUUUAUUUAAGUAUUUACUCUGAGGUAGUGAUUUAACUAAUUGAACAUACGAUUUGGUGAAUUUGUGGGUCACAAAUAAAAAGAUUUUCAUAUUAAAAUUUCAGGUAUACAUACUCUUGAACAUGUACUGGGUUUCAGUUAUCGUGAUAUUUUGUGUGCUUACAGACAGAAGGCUUUAUGUACGAAAUGUUAUUUUGAUCUCGGAAACAUAUUUAGCUAUGGUUCUGAGAUUGUCGGUUGUUAAAACGUGUGCUAAAAUUUUAAAUGUAAAAGGUAUCCCGAGAUGGAAGAAUAAACUGACACAGCGGAGGGCAAACUGGUUAAAACUUUAACAAGUUAUUGCUACAUGACAAAUUGUCAUUAACAAUUAUACAAGUUGUACAUGUAUAUGCAUCAUCAUUACGCUCGCAGGUAAAUAAUAAAGAACUAAUCAUAGAUUUAGUUUACAGUUGAUAGUGUGUAUGUAUAUGUAUAAUUAUAAUUAUGUGAGAAAUAUUGAGAACAAUAAUUACAAAAGGAUAUGUAAGCAGCUAUUUAAAUAAUUUCUGAUAGUAGAAAGUAAUUUAGGUAAGCAAUAUUGAUAAAUUAUCGAAAUAUGCAUCUAAAUGUGUAAGAGUGUGACUUACUAUGUAGCCACUCACUUAUUUAUAAUUAAUUGUUAUAAUAUCUGUCAGUAUACAAACAUGGACAUGUCAUGCAUAAAUGUAUGUAUGCAUUACAUAAGUAAAGUAUCUUUAAAAUUAGCCACACUUUUAGUGACACAUAUUAUUUAUUUAACAAUUAAUAAAAUGGUUAAAAAAAGAAGCA